AUGGACACCACAACCCAUAGAAUCAUGAAAAGCUAUAUUUCUCCACCAUUAUGGUACCGAGAAGCGUACUAUAUUUUCAACUACACUAUCUGCAUUAUGCAAUUUUUCGGAUUUGCAAUUAAUUUGAUCCACAUCUCAAUUCUAACCCGUCCGCAAAUGCGCUCCAAUGCAGUGUACCGAUUGAUGAUCGGAAUAUGUUGCUGUGAUCUUUUGACCCAAAUCAAUACGUUUCUGAUUUUUAGUCCAUUUUGGAUUAGAAAUUUGUCAAAGCCAGAAGAUGAGUGCUAUAUGACUCACACAUUCUUUGAUGCUCUUUUAUACCUGCAUGGCACUACCGUACUCGACAUUACACAACGUGGAGCAUCCUGGAUGGCUCUUCUUAUGGCUUUGUUCAGAAUGUUAUCAGUGAAAUUCCCAUUGAAUGCUAAGAUUCAGAAGAUAUCAAGACCAGUUUUCGCGUUGUGGACCAUUCUGGCAGUGAUUAUUUUUACAUCACUAACAACUUGGAUGGUUCAAGCGAGACGGAUAAUAAGAGACUAUGAUUGGGACUAUGAUUGCGACAAGAACGAAAUCCACCUCAACCAAACCCGUUAUGGCGUCUUGAUUCCUGAAGAAUACAUUGAUAUUCAGGCGAGACUUGUCUCAAUUUAUGGAUUUAUAAAAGCUCUUCCCUCCUUAAUUGACCCGAUUCUCACUGUAUUUUUAGUUCUGGAGCUUCGAAAAGCUUCCAGAAGACGGAAGAAUUGUGGAAAAUCAUUGACAGUUGAUAAGACUGAUAACACUACAAAGCUUGUAGCGUUUGUAACAAUUUCAUUUUUCUUACUUGAAGUUCCCAAUGGGUUCUCCCAUAUUGUCAAUGGCUUAUUUCAGGACAAUGUGCCAGUGAGAACGAUCUCUGUUAUGAUCCCGGUUUUCGCAGAAUGCCUUCCAAUCAUAAAUUCCUCUUCUCACUUCUUCGUAUGUCUUCUGAUGUCUACACAAUAUCGUGAAACCGCAAGAACUGUCUUUAAGUGCUUUGAACCAAGAAAUGAUAAAGUUGUGCUUGUUGAAGAAUGUAAACCGACAAGGACCCAUUGA